UCUCUGAAUAGAAGGCGGUGUGAGAGAGUGAAGAGAAUGAAGAGGAGGUGGAGGAGGAAGAGACGAGGAUAGGGAGAUAUGUAACGUGCCCCGUCUUUAACACACGUCGCGACUCAUAGUCUAGAUGCUGCUUGGCUGGAGCAGACCAGUAAGGAGUGGCGGCCGGCCGAGGCGAAUGUUGGCAUCGUGGCAGUUUCAGUUUGGAUUCUUCUGCAGUAAAGAAUGUUAUGCAACAAGAUUCUAAGAAAAUUAUUUUUAUGAAUCUACCGAUGUAACUUCAGUGAAACAAGAGUUUGUGUUAUCUGAAAAGCGGAGGGCUCGGAUUCUUUCGGCACAUUUGCUUCAGCGCCUAUGUGACUAUUGAGUCAUAUUCGCUCAGAAAAUUCCGACAAUACCAGUGGGUUUUCCUGUUGUGCUAUAGCAUAUGACUUAUGACAGGCGAGUGAGGAGGCUAUAGAGACACAAAUUUGACCCCAGUUUAAGAAGUUAGAUCCUUCUGUAUAAAUAGGCCUAAACCGAAAGAGUUUUAAUCCUAUUAUCGCGAAGAUUUUGCAGGAAUGCAAGAAUGAGGUGCACAUUAAGUCAUCUGUACUGCUUGUCAAAACUUUCCACUGCGAGUUACAUCGCUCAAGAAAGCAUAAGUGACGUCAUUAAGUGUUUAGAUUUAUUUAUACAUGAGUUGUGCGAGUGUAAGUAGGCAAACAAAAGCACUGGAUUCGUGCCCACCACCUUCUAAGAUAGCCGACUUCCACAGUGGACAAACGGACGCCAGCGCCGAAAAGCAGUCAGAUCACUGACAGCGAAACAAACAAAUCCAGUACUAUGCACAAGUAAGAAGUCUAGAGAGAGUGUAUACGUUUCCGUUAACUACCGUCCAUAAAUUUCAGUAACUCUACAGAAUUGAACUAAAAGGUAAAGGCUAAGUUUGAAGUGAUGUAGAGUGAUUGAUGACUGUGUUUAAAAAUCGCUUUUUCAGUGAACAAACUGAAUUAUUGUCUGUAUGUUUUCACCAAACAACAAAUAACAGCUUUAUGUAAUGAAUGGAGCUUGUGAACUAUGUGAUGUAGUGGAACAGUUUACGAACUUCAUGUUAAUCAUAAGAAGCCAACACAACAAGUUCGCUGUUAAAUCCAAGACAUUUUAUACACAGAAUCCAAGAAAUCGUGUCACCCAUAACGCUAAGUAUGUUUGCGAAUAUUUCAAGAUUGCAGAACAAAAGUCUCCAUUUUUAGUAUCGAAAUGGAAUUUGCUAACUGGUUCGUAAUACUUAUAUAACUUGCUGAUAGUAUCAUUCAUAACAUUGGGUCACAUCAUUCUAUUACUACGGAAGAAAUGUCUCUAUUAUAAUGGUAGUUAAAUAUGAUAUGUGGACAAAAUUAGAACGGCCUGAACAAAUAUAAAAUUGUAUUUUUGCUAAAUCUGUAAUUGUGUAAUUUAAAGGUCUGCAUCAAUGAAGGAAAGAUUCAACUGUUAACAUGCUGAUAGAACCUUUGCCUAGUGUACAAUAUCUGGCUCCUAGCUAUUUAUAGUUUACAGUUUUAUAAGAAUCCUAAUAGAAUUCAAAAGAGCCGCAGGUCAAGGGGCCAUCAAGAAAAUAUACUUAUCUUUGUUUGUUGCAUAUUUUUCAAAAUUAACAACAUCAUCAAAUAUGUUUGCUAAUAGAUUUGCAAGAGAUAGUUAUAAAUGCAACAAUAUGGAUGGUGAUCCAUGUGUACAGGCGAACGAUUCAAGUCCAAAAUCAGUAAGAGGGUCUAAACGUCAAAAACAUUCUGAUUUCCCCAAAGAUUUUCUGGCUAACAGAGUUUCCUUCUACAUGGAUGAAGUUCUUCCUUCGACAAAUGAUCAAGCAGAUAGUUCAGCAUUGGAUUUGCGUUAUCAGCAAUCCAUAAAGAGGUCCCAUCAUCCAAGAGUCCAAUUGACAAGAGAGAGAUCUUUCCGAGUUAGUGAGAGGAAACCCGUAAAACUCACGAGGCACGCUUCAGAUGUGUGUCCCUCAACAGAUGCUCAGAGGCUGCAACGAAACAGAAGCGUCAAUGGUAGCAGGAAAUUACCACGACGGAGGGGCAGUUAUGGUGGAAGUAUAGAAAGAUCGGAUAGUAGGACUAUUGAAAGAUUCUUAAGUAUACGUAGCGCCGGAAGUGGCAGUGCGAAAAUAAGACAUCAAGAGACACCUAGCAUUUCUGGCAGCUCAAAACGUUCCUCAUUAAGAAGAGAAUCCUGUCACUUUCAUCGUAAGUCCAGCAUCAAGAUGCCCCACAAAGAGCUACAUCCUAAGGAACGCAGGAGACGCAUAGUGGUAUUGAUGGUGGUCAUCACAUUCCUCUUCCUUGUUGCCUGUAGUGUGCUGGCUGUGGUUGUCACCCUGACCCACAGUUCGUUCCAUCGAAAUUCGUAUUAUCUUCCUGGCACAGAAGAUCAUCUCUAUCCUCGAACAAACUAUACAGGAAAUGUUCGAAAGGAGAACGAAGAAAUGGUGAAUGCAAUUAGCAGAGAAGAAGGUAAUGAAUAUAACAACACAGCGAAAGGGGUCACUGUAGGCAGCAGCCCCAUGCCGCUAAGCCUCUGAUGAGCCACUCAACAAAGCAGUUCCCUGGCCUUGACAGCCAAUCCUACUGUCUACCGGCAAAGAUACCUUGAAGAUUCCUCAACUUCUAACACCUAAUCCUUUGUAUGGUUCACGCGUCCUUAGCAUUUCAAAGUGUGGAUGUAUCCAGUAUUAUAAAUGUUAACAAAGUGAAAUAUUUUCGGCAAAAUUUCUUUGUUCCCAAUAAAACUGUAGUAUUUAUUUCUUCGAGUUAUCUAGCAGAAAGACAUCAAUAUAAAUUCAAGAUAAUUUAAAUAUCAGGCAUUUCAUACCAGAUCAACAGCUUUUUACAGAAGCAUGUAGCAACUGAAUACUUUAUUGGAAUGAUGCUUCGUAUUAUCACAGAACACAGAACUUAAAUUUGCGUUGUCUUUCCAUGUCACGAAUUGCGAAAGUCUACAGUUCAUCUGUUUCUAUAAUUUUUCUGUAAAAUUUGUAAUGCUAGUCCGUAUUUUUGAUGGAGGAUAUGCUGAUACUGCGUGUCUUGAGUCGGUUUCAGUAGUACUUCGGAAAAUUUGUCAUUUGAACCCAAUCAAUGUCGUGGCCAGUGGAAGGACAACGAUGGACUUUCACGAUUCCAGGCAGUUGCUGCUGCCAUCAGAAAAAUGAUGUGUUUCUGUUUCCGUUUCCAUAAUGUCCAUCUGACUCAUCCUCAUGUAUGCUUUCUCGUUCUCGAGUGUCAGUGAAUGUUUACGUAAACGACCUUGAACAAUUUUUUCACCUGCCAUUUUCUUGU